CUGGUUAUCGCUCUUGACUCUGUCAUUCCACAUUAGUGAUUCUGUAAUGUCAUUUCUACAUUGAGUUAAAGCAUUUUUUGAUAGAAAGCGCGAACAAGAUGACGACGAAGAAAGGUAAAGUGUUGACCAAGGGAGCAAAGCAGAUAAGGGAGGAGAAUGUCUCUACACUGAGCUUCUACAUGUAUAUGGCUUUAGGCGCAAUGGCAAUUCACUUUGCCGUGACGAUGAUGCUGUUUGAAUUCACCACACUGAUUAUAAGUCUAACAGUGUUUUCUGCAAUUGUAUAUAUAGGAAGUUAUCAAUUCAUGUCGUAUAUGGCUCGUGCCACAUAUUCGGAAACUGGUCAGCUCCUGGACCCUGGUGUUGAUCUCAAUAUGGAAGGUGGUAUAGCAGAGCAUGUCAAAGAUUUAAUUAUAUUGACAUCAGGAGUGCAACUCCUGUCCCUUAUGUCAAACUAUUUCUGGUUAUUGUGGCUUUUGGUACCACUGAGAGGAAGUUGGAUGCUUUGGAAGCAGAUUUUAGCUCCAUGGUUCUUUGCUCAGCCCCAAGAACAAUCUGAGAUGAGUGAAAAAAAGAUGCGUAAAAUGGAGAGGAAAAUGGCGAAGCGAUAUCAAUAAGAACUUCUCAUUGCUGUGCAAUAAGAACAUUUUAUUAAAUGACAAUUGAUUUAAUCAGGGGAUAGGUAGUAAAUUCAAGAAAUAAUGGGAAGAGGAAGAAUGUUAAGAUUUUUUCUUGAUGUCUAGAACAUUGAGAUUGUGGGAUGGGUUCGACAUCUAUACAAGGUAAAUAUUAAAUAGGACAAAACUUUGAAAGUUUUAAAAUGUACAAAACAGGGAAACAAUUUUAUAGGAUUAGGAGGAAUCGCAAAUUGGGGAACGGAUUUUUCUUGCUUCUUUGCAUUCCGAAUAAUUGAUUCUCAGCAGACUGUAAUCCUGUUUACAUGUUUAAAAGAGUCGAGAUUAUAAAUUUUUUUAUUUAGUAAUAUUUAUAGAUUUAUUCCUAUAUAAGUCGAAGACAACGCGAAAUUUAUUAUUUGUUAAAUGUAAUUAAAUGAAUUCGUUUAAGAAGAUACAUUAUAUUACUAUAAUUAUCUUCAUUGGCUUAUAAAGGAAUAAAAUUGUUCCUGGUGAAGAAGUAUCUCGACACGUUCAUUUUUCAUUUAUCUUUGUUAAUUAUGCUAAUGUAAAUUAUCUUUUUUAUAAUUAUAGCAAUAAUACUAUAGUAA